AAGAGAGCCAAAGAGUGGCUCAACCGUGCACGGGAUCCCACUCCUCGACGCCCUUCUUCUGGAGACAGAGAGAACCAGCAGGAGGAGCGAGGCGGAACAGCGAGCACCGAGAGAGCAAACUGAGAGAGCUGGAGCUUGAGGAGUGAUCCACCAUCUUCGGUGGCCCGUCCAUCAGCCACCAUCCGUCGCAGCAUCCCCACCGAACCAAACCAUGAUUCAAGAAGAAGGAAUAAACAGGGACCAUUUCACAGGAACCAUGGCGACGGGUGGCGCAUGUCCAGGUUCCCUCACUCCGCGUCGUAGACGACGUCGAACCUCGACCAUCGCAGGUGACGAUGCCGGCGAAGAGGUCGAGCAGCCGCGGCGAGAGCACGAUCGCAUCAGCCUCCUGCCCGACGCCGUCAUCCACCACAUCCUCUCCUUCCUGCCCACCGCCGACGUCUUCCACACCCGCGGCCUGUCGUCCCGGUGGCGCGCCCUCCACGACGCCGUCCCGACCCUCGCUUUCUCCCUCCCCUCCGGCGGCGCCGCCGCCGGGCGGCGGGGGGCGGCGGCGGCCGUGGAGCCGUUCUGCGCCUUCGUCGACGCGGUCCUCCGCCUCCGCUCCUGGACCCACCUCGCAAGGUUCCACCUUGAUCUCCCUACUUCACUCCCGAGCUCGAGCCCAAGCUCGAGUCUUGGCUCUGGACCGCCACCGCUUGCCGCGUCAAGGACCUCCGCGUGGAGCUCCCGCGCGCCGGGAAUCUCUGCUCCGUGCCGCGCCUCGUCCGCGACUGCACUUCGCUGGUGGAGCUCCGGCUGUGCGGCGGCCGGAUGGGGCUCGAGCCGUCGAGGGGCGGCGCCCCCAAUUGGGCCUCUCUCAGGGUUCUGUCGAUGGCGCACUUGCGGUUGACGGAUGACGAGAUGGGGGCAGUCUUCGCGGGCAGUCCCGCUCUCGAGUCCCUCGAGCUGCGGUGCUGCGGCGGCGCGGCCCGGAUCGAGGUUUGGUCUAGGAGGAUGAGAGAAUUGGUGAUUGAUGGGUGGGAACACUGGUCCCCCGGAGACCCCCCGCUGGAGGUUUCGGCUCCUCAUUUGCAGACGCUGCGCCUGCGGGUAGCUUCCCCAGGAUGGACCUGACGGUGGCCGAGGCCGACUCCGUGGCCGAGGCUGAGUUGAAUUUCUCCAUGAGCAUCGGUGUCGGCGAUCAGUUUGAUAACUACAAAUGGCCACGCAACUUGGCAAGGGGUAUUCUUCAGAAGCUGUGCAAUGCUACUGAAUUUGUAGUUGGGUGUUGGUUCCUUCAGGUUCUGUCGCUUUUGGAGAACGGAGAUUUGCCUCCUCUGCUUCCCAAUUGCAAAUCUCUUAUUCUAAACACUCGUUGUCAAUCAUUGGAAUGUCACGGUAUAUUGAACAUGAUAGAAAGUUCACCACAGGUGGAGAAAUUGGUCAUCAAGAUGAUUCAACCAUUCUGGAAGCGGCUUGAGUUCGAUAGGGACUGCAAGGCAUUGGCCAUCAGUACGCACAGUACGCACAGAUACUCGGGACCCUUAAAGAGGAAGAAUAAACUCAAAUGCUUGGAUCAACACUUGAGGCGGGUCGACAUCGUUCGGUUUGAUCCUAGGGAUCGCCGCUCGAGCAGCUUUCUUGGCCUGGUGGAGUUUAUCCUUGAAGAGGCGCGCGUCUUGGAUAAGAUGCUCAUCAACACUUGUAAGGUCAAGGCUGAUGGAUCGAAUUCUGUGGAGACUCCCAAUGCUCGCAAAUUGCUCGAAGUUUCCCAGUCAAUUCUACGCCAUCGAAGGGCUUCCGAGAACGCUCGAGUGAUACUUUAUUUUGACUAGGAAGGAAGGUAUUAUUUUACGUAUAUAUUCUCUCAUUGUUUUCUUUUGGCAAAUAGAGAAAGGAGGACUUGGGCUUGUGAAUACGACUUUUACGAACCGCAUAUAAUCAGGUUUUCAGUAAUUAGAGUUGUGCCUCGCGUCGUUCCGAUGCUCACCCUUUUUAACUGUCUUAACGAGAACUAGCCUAUACUCAUGGGGUGCCGAUGAGACGAACCUAUUUUUUCCUAUGACUUAUGUAGCUUUGAAAAGUUACUAGUUGAGCACGAGUCUGAUGAUCGAAUC